AUGCCCAAGUCGAAGGAACACCCAAAUGACCUGUAUCAACCAUCGAAUGGAAAGAAGAGUAAACCUGUGCGCAAGUACGCUGUCCCGAAGAAAUUUGGCAAGAGGAAGAGAGCGACUACUCCCGUCUCGGUGGAUAGUUCGUCCAGCUUCGGUGGGUUCGACAGUGCAGAUGAUGCGUCGGACGAAGGUAGCGAGGGUGACGCCGAUGAGGAAGACGACCUGCCAGCUGUCAAAGCCCCGUCUCGUUCUGGACACAUGAACGGGGCGGGGCGCAAACUUCACACUAUUCAUGAUAAUGUCUCUGUUGCUGGCUCGGACAGCAUGUUUGGGGAUUUUGACGACUACUAUGAGGAGGAUGAAGACCCAAAUGUUUCCCCCGAGGAGAAUAGAAAACGAUUUGAGCAGAAGGUCUUCGCAGACUCGGAUGAAGAUGACAACGAUGUUUACGAAGCAGUCGACGACAUCAGUGACUCCGACGACGACGUGGAUGAACGACGCAUUCAGCAGCAAGAAUUACUUGUUAUGCUCCCAGAGGAAGAGCUAAGUGAUACUGACUUUCUCAACCAAAUUGACGGGCUAUCCGCCUACGGCUUCGGCGACGACAGCGAUGGUAGCAUUUAUCGCUUCCCAUCGUCCCAAAGCGGCGACAGUGCUACUGAAGCUGUCGCGGAAAGGCAUGUUCAUUUUGCUGCCGACGCAAAUCCCACAAUCUUCAUGCGUAUGUCGGAGUCGCCCACCAUUACUCGCGCAUUGUUGCCGUCAGCACUACCUGACACUCCGUUUCCGACUCAUGGUGUUGAUAACCGUGUUGGCGGACUAGUUGAGAAUCUGGAUGACUCUGAUCUGACCGACGACUGCCUGCCUGACGAAGCACUUCAGAGCACCCCAAACGGUCUCGAACAGAGAAGAAAUGCGUCACCGCCGCCUUCACCCCCACGUAAGAAGUCUGGCAAGAAGCCUGCUCGUCGUAAAGGUCCUCCGCGGGGAAUAUUCAUUGACGAAGGCGACAAGACAUCCGGCAUUCUCGACUCUUCGGGCAAGAUCAUUCUCAUGAGCAACCCUCACUUGCUGGGGGAAGAGUUCGCCCGCCGAUACGGUGCAUCUCAGACUUCUAGUCCUGACGUAGGCUUUGCUGAACUCAUCGAGGAAAGCGAUGUUGGUGAUCGUGAGUCGACCGACCUUAUGGUCGGCCCAACACCAGACAUCAUGCUGGCCAGCCUCAACUCUGUUGCCAAUGGGCCCUUGAGCCAAGGACAGGCGAUCGGUCCUCUCGAGGCUUUCUAUCCCUCCACCAACUUUCUAUUCGACGAUGACAUGUUGGGCGGCUUCCAGGGAGACGAACUCGGCGAAGACGUGAUUGAUCUGGCCGACGUGAUACAGUUUGACAGCGACUCGGAAGAUAGUGACGGCGUCGCGUCGCCUAUCUCGAUGCCUCGAGGUCAAAAUUCUCUGGGCAAUGAUUUCGCGCAUCUCAACAGUGGCAAUGUCACGGCUUUUCGACGCAACGCUGAUCCUGCCAUGAGCAGACUGCCAUCGCAUCUAGACGUCAACCUGACGAGUUCUCCGCUGGCCACACCAGCACCGCGCCACAGGAAGAGGACCCAUUCGUCGCCAUACACUUCUUCCCAUUACAAGGGUGUCACGCCGGUCCAGCGAAUGCGGGAUCCCAAUAACGGUCGCAAUCCAGAUAUUGCGACGCCUGCCAAAAAGCGCAGGCUUAUGACUUGA